AUGGUCGACGACUCCAACACCAAGCGCCCCACGCCGGCGCACGCUCCUGCCGAUGCAGAUGCCAAAUCGCCGCGUGAUGGCGACGACCACGACGACGAAUCGACGCGCAAGCGAAUCGCCUCGAUCGCAACGCGCUUUGGCGGUAUGGCCGCACAGGCAUCGAGCCAGGCUACCCAAAAAGCCGCUGAUGCCGCAUCUCAGGCCACGGAGCAGGUGUCCAAGACCGUCUCGCCCACCGCCGCCCAGACCGCCGGCGUACUGCAGGCCAUGGCGCUCUCGACCAAAAACGUCUUCUCCCCCGAACAACGCGCCAAGGAGGCAAAGUCGUGGUACGAGUACGAGUCGCCCCUCCACGUGCGUCGCAGCAUCGCCGAGUUCGAGUCGCCCCUCCAUGCGCGUCGCCGACUCGCAGCCAUCGCCUCCCAGCUCGGCCUCGCCACCUCGUCCGCAAAGCAGGCUCCCGGCUUGCUCAGUGCGCUCUCCUCGGCAUCUUCUGCCUCUUCAUCGUCCAACUCGUCCGCUGGCAACAAGUGGGAUACCGCAAGGCUGCCCGAUUACCACGAGCUCCCAUCGCACGGUGGGUGGCCGGGGUGUGCCUGGGAUGUGUGGGGCAAAGGAGACCAGCUGGGCACGAUCAACCUCCUCACCGAGUCGCUCGUCCUGCGUGCAGCAAAGCACGAGAUCCAAACCGGACGAACCGUCUCGCUCAACUGGCCAAUCCACCUCCCCGCCGAGCCGUUCUUUGCACGCAAGUCGGUGACGCACAAACCGUUCGGCAAGGGUGGGCGCGGAUACACGGCGCCGCGCGAUGCGUACGUUGCGUCGGUGCGCACCAAGAAUCCCGACGUUCAUGUGGUGGACGAUGAGGCGGUGCCCAUUAGCGACGAGCUGCUCGAGCUCAACACGCAGAGCGGCUCGCAGUGGGACGGUCUGCGUCACUAUGGCCAUUUGCCCCUCAGUGUGUUUUAUGGCGGUGCAUCGCGCGCGAGCAUCCACGAUUCGUUCAACGACCCUUCGCCCCAACCUGCGGAUCCGGAGGCAUGGAAUACGCCGCAGGCCAAGGCAAGGAAUGCGCUCGGUAUCCACCACCUCGCUCAGCACGGGAUUUGUGGAAGGGGUGUGCUGCUCGACGUGUUUGAGUAUCUCUCCCACCACGGCACGGACAGCGUUCAACGCGAGCAGUACAGUUGGUCCAAAUGGACCGAAUAUGGUGGGGGAAAAGGUUAUGAUCCGCGCUCGGGAUUCCGCAUCACAGUGGCUGAUCUCGAAGCAACCGCCAAACACCAGGGUGUCGAAUUGCGUCGAGGCGAUAUUCUGCUCGUGCGCUCCGGGUUUACGGCACGAUACUACUCGCUCUCACCCGAGCAACGUGCAGCUUGGUCGGAUCCCAAUCCCAAGGAGGGAAUGGGUAUGCCGUUUGCCGGAGUCGAACAGAGCGAUGACAUGAAGCGCUUCAUGUGGAACCACCACUUUGCAGCGGUGGCGGGUGACAGUCCUGCGUUCGAAGCAAGACCAACUAGGGACGGAGAGGCGAUGCUGCACGAAACCUUCCUCGCCAUGUGGGGGAUGCCCAUUGGAGAGCUGUUCGAUCUGGAGGCACUCGCAAGUACGUGCAAACAGCUCGGCAGAUACUCGUUCUACUUUGCGUCCUGGCCGCUCAAUCUGUUCGGCGGCGUGGCUAGCACCGCCAAUGCAAGCGCCACCUUCUAA